AUGCGGCAGCAGCGCCUGGCCACUGAGCUGCUGCUGCUCCUGUUGCUUUUUGCUGCUGCGCCUCAACACCUGGCUGUGGCUCUUUCGCGAGAAGCCCCAUGCAGAAGCCGCGAGCAGCAGCAGCAGCUGCAGCAGCAGCAGCAGCUGCUGCUGCAGCAAGAAGGUGAUCUGCUCCAACUAGCUGAAGCAAACUCAGCAAAGUCGGGCUGCAGGAAGCGUUUUGCCAGCAGCACGGGGGACCAUGACAGCAGCAGCAGCAGCAGCAGCUACAGCAACUGGGCCCGCAGCAGCAGCAGCAGCAGCAGCAGCGGUGGGGAUGGGGGCCCCUCGAAUCCCCUGGGCCCCCGCGUGCCCUGGCAGCAGCAGCUAGAGAGCUGCAGCGGGGGCCCCAGCCAGCGAGUUUUGCUGCUGCUGCAGCUGGGGGUUGACCGCGCUGCUUCGCUGCUGCUGCGCUGCUUCGGCUACUUGCACUCCGAUUUGUAUCUCCAAGUGCUGCUAAAGAGGCUUAAGGAGGUCAGCAGCAGCAGCAGCAGCAGCAGCAGCAGCGGCUGGUGGCCGCUGGGGCUGGAGUGGGAUGCAGCGGUGCCUUUGCUGCGCUACUUUUUGUCGUUUCUGCCCUUUCUGCUGCUGCUGCUGUCGUCGCUGCUGCUGCUGCUGACCUUUCGCCGCCGCAGCAGCAACGGAGACGCAGCAGCAGCUGCUGCUGAAGCAGCAAAAGCAGUUUCGCAGGCGCAGCGCAGCAGCAGCGAUGCUGCUUACGCUGCCUUGCUGCUGCUGCUGCCAGCCUCUUCCAGCAAGGACGGCAGCAGCAGCAGCAGCAAACGCAACUUGCUGUACCUGCUGCUAGUGGCAGCAGUUGCUGUUGCUGCAGCAGCAUUUGCAGCAACUGCAGCAGACAGCCUCAAAGCAGCAGGCUGCGAGGCCCCUCUUGUCUUCGAGGCAUUCUCGGGCCUACCGCAGCAGCAGCAACACUCACAGCAGCAGCAGCAGCAGCACUCGCAGCAGCAGCAGCAGCAGCAGCACUCACAGCAGCAGCAGCAGCAGACGGACAGAGGCCUUUCUGCCCUACUGGUCGGCCUGCAGCAGCUUCCCGCUGACUGGGCAGCGGCUGCGCCUGCUGCUGCUGCUGCUGCACGGGGUCACUCUUCAGCUGCUGCUGUCUCGCGGGAUGCUGCUGCAGCAGCAGCAGCAGCUGCUGCUGCUGCUGCUAAGCCAGAUUUGUCGUUGCUGCUGCGGGAAGGCGCAGCAGCAGCGAAGCAGCUCGCGAGGCGCUGGCUGCGCUCUCAGUACGUGCUGCUGCUGCAGACAGAAAAGACCCUGCAGCAGCAACUGCAGCAGCAGCAGCAGAAGCGGCAGCAGCAGCAGCGAAAUGAGAGCUUUUGGCGUCGGUCGAAACGGCUUCUUUCUGCGCUGCUGCCCUCCUGCAAGUUCGGCAGCUGCAGUGACAGCAGCAGCAGCAAGAGCAGCAGCAGCAAGAGCAGCAGCAGCAGCAGCAGCAGCACAGAGGCCCCCAGCCUGCUGGGCUGCGGCAGCAGCGAGGAAGGCAAAGAUGACACAGCAGAAUACUUUUCAUUUGCGCCUGUUGCUGCUGGCGGCGAGAAACGCACACCCGAGCAGCAGCAGCAGCAGCAGCAGCAGGAGCAGCAGGACGCACUUCUUGUUGGCAAGCAGCAGCAGGGGCUGCUGCGCUGCAGAAGCGCAAGAAAGCUUGCUGAAGCAGCAGCAGAGAUUGGUGCUGCACUGGAUAAGGCGCUGCAGCAGCAAAAGCUGCUGCAGAACUUUGUAAAUGAGGCCCUAGAGCCUCAGCAGCAGCAGCAGCAGCAGCAGAAGCUGCUGCAGCUGCAGCAGCAGGUAGAAGACGUGCUGCAGCAGGGGCUUCCACGGCUGUGGGACUUCGUCUUGCUGCUCCUGCGCGUCAGCAGCAGCAGCGUCGAGCAGCUGCUGCGGCAGCUGCCGCUGCUGCUGCUGGCCUCAAUAGUUGCAGCAGCAGCAGCAGCAGCAGCAUCUCUGCUGCGGCGAGUGGCUGCGCAGCAACCUGCGGUAAGCUCAAGGGGACGCAAACCCUUGACAACAAACCCUAAAGCCUAA